AAACAUGGUGGACGUCUUCCUUUACGUAUUAAAGCUGUUCCUGAAGGGAGCGUAGUACCAAUAAAAAAUGUAUUAUUCACAAUUGAGAAUACAGAUCCUGCAGUUCCAUGGUUAACAAACUGGUUUGAGACGUUGCUCGUACAAGCUUGGUAUCCUAUGACAGUUUGUACAAGUUCAAGAGCUUAUAAACAGUUGAUUGCUAAAUAUUUGGAUGCUACUAGUGAUUCUAUAGAAAGUUUACCAUUCAAGUUGCACGAUUUUGGAUAUAGAGGUUCAACUUCAGUUGAGAGUGCCGGCAUUGGCGGGACCGCACACAUGGUCAAUUUCAUGGGCACUGAUACAAUAGCUUGCUUACAGCUUUGUCGGAAGUACUAUUCUUGUAAAAUGGCCGGGUUCAGUAUUCCUGCUACAGAGCAUAGUACUAUAACAACCUGGAAGAAGUCAGGAGAGCUAGCGGCUUUUCGGAAUAUGCUGCAGCGGUAUCCUAGAGGGCUCAUCUCUGUAGUUUCUGACUCCUAUGACGUCUUCCACGCUGUUUCUACUAUCUGGGGUGAGCAGCUACGCGAUGAAGUGAUUGCUAGAGGUGCACAUGGAUGCCUUGUGAUUCGACCAGACUCUGGUGAUCCGGUCACGGUGCUCGUCAAG